UAGCUGCGAUCGGUGUCAGGUAUAGAAACACGGUCCGGUUCUUUCCCAGAAACAACCACAUCUGGACUAAUUACUGAAGCAGAGGAGUGACACUGGUCUGGUCUGGAGUGGGUUUGGACCUCUAGGAAGGGGCGAAGGUGGGAAAGUUUGCUUCAGCUUCGGUUCACGGUGAGACACAUCUGUCACCUCUUGUUAUUCCUCCCUUUCUUAUUCCGAUCCUUCUGACGGUGUCCAGGUCUGUCCAACCUGGAUCUCGCACCGGGUUCCUGUAGACCCUCACUGAGCUCCGCAGUCUCUGCAGCUCAGUCGUCCAUCAUGUUCAGGUAGAGACCGGCUCCACAGUGCCCACCAUGCGGAAGCGUCUGGACAAGAUCCGGUUCCGAGGCCACAGACGGGACGAGUUCCUGGAUCCGGUCGAGUCGCCCAAUACCUCCGAUGCAGAAUUCACUGAGGAGGCUGCGAUGAAGCCUCGCAGCUCCGUCCUAGAGCCAGAGGAGCUCGGGGAGGUGGAGGCAGAGCAGCAGCAGAGUGAUGCUCAGGGUGGUCCAGGAUCAUUUUCUCCUGCUCUCCAAGAUGACUCAAGGACGGAUCUGAAUGAGAUCAAAGGUCAUCUAGAAGUUGCUUUGUUAGAGAAACACUUUUUGCAGGAGGAGCUGAGGAAACUUAAAGAAGAGUCCAACAUGGAUUCAUUGAGACAGGAGCUGGAGAAGGAGCGCUGCAGACGCAUCGAGCUGGAGCAGAAGAUCAAUGACACCCUGAAAUCCAGGCUUGAAGACUCACCUACUCAGACACGUAAAGCCCCGCCCCCUCCUUCACCUCAAGCCAGCAGUACAGACAAACAGAAGGACACUCUGUCCAAGAGCUUCCUGAAAUGGCUCUACGACCGUUUUGCUGUUCUUAUCGAAGACUUCCGCUUCCAGCCAGAGGAGACAACAGUGGAGACGGAUGAGCCGCUGAGUGCCAAGAGGUUGACCGAAAACAUGAGGCGGCUCAAACGAGGGUUCAGACCCGUGUCCAACUUCAAGAGGAACCUCUUGGCCUUGUCCAGCUGGUACUCCACCUACACAUCGGCCAUCGCCUUCAUCGUCUACAUGUACGCAGCAUGGCAUGGCUGGACCAUUCCCAUGUUCCUGUUCCUCGCCAUCCUCCGCCUCUCUUUGAAUUACCUCAUUGCCAGAGGCUGGAGGAUCCAGUGGAGCAUCGUACCCGACGUCUCUGAGCCUGUGGAGCCUCCGAAAAAUGACCUGACGGUGUCGGAAAAGUUUCAGCUGGUUCUGGAUGUUGCUCAGAAAGCUCAGAAUCUGUUUGGGAAGAUGGCCGACAUCCUGGAAAAGAUAAAGAAUCUGCUCAUGUGGGUGAAGCCAGAGCUGACUCAGAAGCUGUACGUUGGUCUGUGGUUGGCCUUCAUCUCCUCCUGCCUGCUGCCGUACAAACUGCUGGGAUUCAUCAUAGGUGUGUAUGUAGGUAUAAAGUUCUUCAUCAUCGACUUCAUCUUUAGGAGUUGUCCCAAGCUGAGGCAGCGCUUCGACACCCCCUACAUCAUCUGGACCAAUUCACCCACCGACCUGCAGCUGAAGGAGCACAGCAGCAGCGUGCUGAGCAGACGGGUUCCUACAGUGGGAAGUCGGAGCAACCUCGGGGCUGCAGCUCCUCUGGGUGUCGGCCGUGACGAGGAUGGAGGGCGAUACUACAGCACCAAGAGAGGAGCUUUUCACGAAGUCUUCAGCCUGCCGGAGAGUGAGCGCCCUCUGCCAGUGUGUGAGAACGGCUGGCGCUGCUGCCUUAUCAACAGAGACAGGAAGUCCCCGACAGACUACAUCCGCAACGGAGUCCUCUACGUCACUGAGAAUUAUCUGUGUUUCGAGGUCUCCAGCUCCAGGUCUGGAUCCUCUAAGAGGAACAAAGUCAUCAAACUGCUUGAUAUCAAAGACAUCCAGAAGUACAAAGUUUUGUCAGUGCUGCCUGGAUCAGGGAUGGGUAUUUCCAUAGCAACGCCAAGCACCCAAAAGCCGAUGGUGUUUGGUGCGAUGAUGCACAGAGAUGAGGCCUUCGACGCCAUCUCCACUCAGUACAUGAGGAUUGUAACCAUGACUUCAGCCGUCAAGCCUGAGACUUAGUAACACCUUCACAAGAUGGCUGCCUCAAUACACCCACUGGAACGUUUCGCUUUUCUCACCAGAGACGUCUUCACACAGCUGCUGACUUUAGGGUUAGAGUUAGACCCGCUGCUCUUUUUUCACAUGAUUACACAGUGAUCCAUCAAAAAAAAAUUUCACUCAGAUCAGCUGAUGUUAAAUCAACCAAACACCAGUUUCAUGUCAGCCGGUCCAAUACAAUCACUGCUCUUAAAUGGCUUUAUAGAAAGUCCACACAAAACAGUCCUCUACCAUCCGCGUUAAAAGUACAUUCUCAAAUAUAAACCAGUGUACAAAUAACUUGCACAAACAAAUAAAAGUCUGGUAGAAAACAAUGACGAUGGGUGACAUCACCUGUACUAUCAGGGUCAUGGCGUAUGCUCACCACUCUGCCAGAAACACUUGUAUUUUGUUGACACUAACACUUCUGAUUCACUGUUUGUUUUUUAGUCACUUAUACUUCACCAUUUUUUGCAUCACUGUCAAAGACAACUAGUUUCACAUUAAAAGCCUAAAAAACACAAUCCCUCCCUUACUUGUUGGGCUUUUAAUGUGAAAAAAUUUAUUUCUUCUGUUCACAUGGUAAAAUGCUGGUUUACAGUCUAAAAUACUGUAUACAUUUGGGAUUUAUCAACAUGUAUACCUGCAGUUUGUGUGUCAGGCUACAGGCGGUGUCAUUUGUUUACUUCAAUAGAUGUAUAUUACAUUUUAAUGUUUAUUAGACAUUGUAUUAGUGGUGAAAAUAUUACUUGAUUAGUGGAAAAUGAACACUCUUGUUAAUGAAUCAACCAUUUAAGUUGCUUAUCAAUCAAAAACCUGAGUCAUGCUGUUGCUGCAACUUCAUGUCUUGUAGAAUUUUGGACUGUUGGUCAAACAUCAUAGACAAAACAAUUCAAUAAUAGGCAAAAAAGAUUAUUUAACAAUAAAGUAAAUCAUUAGUUAGUACAAAUAAUUUUGCAUUAAAGCACAUUAGAGUCUCACAACUUUUACCAGCAGCAAUCCGACCAAAACGUAAAGGUAAUUAACUGACUUUCUAAUAAAAAGAAAAAGAAAAAAAAACUGAUGAAAGAACAUAGGGGAUACAAUAACUGGACGUCUUCCUCUGGAGUUACAUAAACAAUUAUAUAACUAAUAUCGCCUUACAGGUGAUAUUACAGUAUGCUUUUUAAUGUGGUUGUAAACAUUUUUUAAAGUAACAAAAUUUUCUUUUAGCUUUUUCUGUUUUAGCUAAAAGCUAAUGCUAACAAAAAUAAUCAGUUUACUUGGCUUAUGCGUUAGCUAUAGCCUUUCUUUCCCAGUUACAAGAUAAUGCUACAAAAAGCCACAAACUGAUGUCUUUUGUUUCAGUUAUAGCUUUUCUCCUAGCGUAAAGAUAAACUUUUAACUGGGAUAGCUGCAGAAAGGCACAGGCAGAACAUGAAAUACAUGUAGUAAUCAUAGAGAAGUUAACUUUUACUUUAGCUUUCUUUCAUAGCCUAAGGGUCUAAAAAAGGUGAAAUUAUUAUUUCCUGCUUUCCUUAGCUUUUCUCCAUGGCUAAAGUUAAAACAGAAUGCAGUUUUUUCUUUGUUUAAUGCUUAAUCUGUUGUAGUUCUUUACUUUCUUGAUAAGAUGUUUCUGCUGUUUACAUUUUUUAAAUUGAUGCUUGUCAUUAAUACCAUGUGGCCCCCCCAUGUCAAUGCUGUUGACCUGUUGUGUCUUUCAAAUGUAAGAGUUUUAUACAAUGUCUAAAUGUUUUAAUGAA